AAGCGUGCAGGGCAGCGUUGAGGUGUGCAUUUUUCCUAUUUUCCCCUGAAGAUUUUUCUCCUGUAUUUCUCCCACAUGCGGUGACCCGUGUCAGAACUGUAGGCCACCUACCCUUUUAAAUCCCUCUCUCUUUCUCUGACGUUUUCACCGUUCUAGCUAAAUUUUCGGAAAAGAAAAACAGUCUUCCAUGAUGGAUUUUUAUUCCAUGUGAGCGAGGUGGCGGUGUGUUGGAAGGAAACGCAGCUUAUGCUGAUGCCCUAAAAAUAAAUGAAGGACAUUGCCAAGGACAUUUGAAGAACAACCUGCGUUGCCAAAAAAUGAAAUUUGAAACUAGAAUAGAAUCGUACAAAUAAACUUAAUGUAACUAAUAUUCCUGAACACGUUUCUUGGGAUGAAGUCAAAAGGUUAUUUUCCACAUUUGGAAAUAUUUUGCAGUGUGAUAAAGGCGCUGGGAAAACUGAAGAUAGUUGCAGUGGUUAUGUAACAUAUGAAACUCAGGAUCAAGCACAACAAGCAUAUAGUCAGCUUAACGGAUACGAAUUUGAAGGAUACCUCCUCAAAGUGGAGUACAAUAUGGAUCGAGGACCUGGAUCUCGAAGUCCACGAGGAGGAGGUCGAGGUGGUAUUAGGAAUAUGCCAUUUUCCGGAAAUGCAGGAUCUCCUCUGCGUGCAUCAGAUUUUCCAUUAAGGAUUCUUGUAUUAAGCGAUAUGGUUGGUGCUAUUAUUGGACGUGGUGGUGGUACAAUUCGUCAGAUAACUCAACAGUCCAGAGCAAGGGUUGAUGUUCAUAGAAAAGAAAAUUCAGGAGCCUUUGAUAAAGAUGAAGUUUUUUCUGUUCAAGUCAUUACAAUAUAUGGGAAUCCUGAGAAUUGCUCGCUUGCUUGCCAGAAAAUCCUUGAAGUUAUGCAACAAGAGGCAAAUAAUACUAACAGAGGGGAAGUUCCUUUAAAAAUAUUAGCUCACAAUAAUUUAAUAGGAAGAAUCAUUGGAAAAAAUGGUGUCACUAUUAAGCGCAUCAUGGAAGCAACUGAUACCAAGAUUACUGUAUCCAGCAGCAUCCAUGAUGUGAGCAGCUUUAACUUUGAGCGUAUCAUUACAAUAAAAGGGAAAUUGGAAAACAUAUGCAAAGCCGAACAAAUGAUCAGCAGUAAGCUGCGGCAGAGUUAUGAAAACGACUUAGCUGCCAUGGCACCAUCUGCCAUGAUGUUUCCUGGUCUCCAUCCUAUGGCAAUGAUGUCAACCAUUGGAAACUCUGGAUAUCCUCCUGGUCGUGGUGGACCUGCUCCUCCCCCGCCCCCACCUUAUGGAAUGUAUGGCACACCACCUCCAUAUAACGUACCCAUGAUGUAUUCUCCAACAGCCCCACCUCCUCAAAAUAUGGAACCAGUAAAAGAAACAGUGUACCUAUACAUUCCAAACUCUGCUGUUGGAGCCAUUAUUGGAACUGGAGGAAGUACUAUUAGAGACAUGAUCAGUUCUUCUGGUGCUAGUAUUAAAGUUGCUCAGACUAAUAAAGAUGAACCUAUAGAUCGUCAGGCACAAAGGAAAGUAACAAUUGUUGGCACGCCAGAAGCACAGUGGAAGGCUCAGUAUAUGAUCUUCAAGAAAGUCAGUUGUGAAGCAUAUGUUGGAACUGAAGAAAUUUCUGGUCUCAAAGUAGAAAUAUAUGUACCUUCUAACCAAGUAGGAAGAAUAAUAGGAAAAGGUGGUCAAACUGUCAGGGAACUUCAAAGACAAACUCAUGCUUUAAUAAAGUUACCUGAGGAGAGUGAUAGCUCAGACAGUGAAGAAACACCCGUCCAUAUAAUUGGUGAUUUUUACAGCACACAAGCUGCUCAACGCCAAAUCCGAGCAUUGGUGAACAAGAGUCAAAUGACUGGCCUCAGACGACCGGGAGGAAUGCCUCCGAAUCAACGUCAAGUUCAGGCAAACUAGCGUGACCCCCAAGCCCCGCCACAAAUGACCUUCAAGAUACCAAAGACCAACAAAAUUCUGCCACCUCAUUUCACCUCUUGUACAGGUGGCGGUGGGUUUGGGGGAACUACAGACUAGGAUGCAUGGACGUCGUUGCUUUGUUUGGUUUCCACAGUAACAUAUCACCUUAUUUGGUAAUAAUCCCCCGUUCCCCAAAGGCUGCCUGCUCUGCCGCCUGAGAGCGAGGGAUUGUUGUUUUGUUUAAAUGAGGUGUAAAUCUCAGGAAUGGAGUAAUGUGUUAAUAUGUGUAUGAUAAAGCAUUUAAAUUUUUGUAAGUAGGAGUGUAAUAUGAGGCAGUUGUUUAGUUAGUACAAAAACAUGGACCAUAAUUGUUAAUAUAUCAUGGUCUUUGUAAUGUUAUGAAAAGUUUAUUUUUGAUACUUGUUGGAGAAACUUUUUUGUUGUCAAUUUUUAUGAGGGCAUUUUUUGCCAAGGAGUAAAAAUGUGGCCAAAGGGAAAAAAUGGAAAUAAACUAGAUCAGCAUUUGCUCAUAGCUGAUAUUUUAAGUCUUACAUUGCAGAUUUGUCAUUUUUCUGUUUCUCCAAUAAGCAUUGUAUAUCAGAGGCUCUCUCAUAAUAAUCCCCACCAUCCCUUUCUGUAUGAGCCCUCGUUAAAAAAAAAAAAGGUACAUUCGGAAGCUUAUUCUACACAUGCAUGCAUUGUCACCAUUUAAUGUGCAAAAGGUCUCUUACAAUAGGGAUUACUUGCUAAACUUCUUUGUAACGUGCCGAAGAUUGCCAUGGAAAACCAAACAAAGCCUAAACUUAACAGAUGUAUCUAGUAUAAUGUAUGAGGCGAUAUUUUGCUGACAUACAUCAAUCUCUAUGAACGUAUAUUCAAUAAUGGGAAAAUGCGUUUCUCACAUUCUUUCAUCCCCAUACUACCGAUUCACCUUGGAACGUGGUAUCAACGUAGGUCAUAGUAAAGCACAGGAAAGAACAAUAAUAUACUGGCUGUGGCACAUUAGGGCAAACAUUCAAACAGGUUUUAUUUCCGUUUUAUAUGGACAGUUUUACUUUCUCAAGACACGUUUUUUUAAUUGGAAAUAAUUGAAUCUAGUUUCAUCUCUAACUAUAAUUUUCUUUUUGUGCAGUCCAUUCUUUCUAUAAAAACAGUGCAUUGAUUGGUCUCAUUCAGAGGAACUAUUGAUAACUAGCAACUAAAAACAUGCAGAGUAAUUAAGCUCUUAACAAUUUUGUUUGAUUUAAGGACUGCACAAUUGUGACAAACCACCAAGUAUCUGUGUGGUAAGAGAUAUAAACACAAAUGCGAAUGAAUUUGAGAUAGCAGCUUUCUGAAUAAUAAUUUGAGGGACCUUUUGUGAUUCACUUGUUUCAGAUUUUUAUUAGAUAUCUAUAUUUGUGUUUAAACUCGCAAUUACAUAAUCCAGUAGGUAUAAUAUGAACUAUUUUAGCAAUAAUCGUGAAACUGUUCCGUAAAUAAUGAAUUUUAACUAAAUAUCUCCCUAUUGCGCCUCUCUGAAUUUUUAAUACUCAUGCAAAUCUUUACUUUCAUACUUGAAAAAGGCCCAUAAAAAUAUUAUUCAUGAUUUGAUAGAUGCUAUGUUUUUCACCAUGACUAACAGUGACUUAACAAACCCUUCACAUAAGUACAAAUAACGGUGCAAAUUGCAUUGUUUCCAUCGACAUAUGCUGCUGAUGUUAAGUGGAAAUAACUUAUUGAAUGAACUUCUGCAGCAAUAUAUUUGCUGAGGUAAAUGAAUUACUAGUGACUAUAUAUUUUUGCAACUUAUUCUACAGUAUAUAUGACUGCUUAUAUUUACUUUGAAGUUCUGCUUUAAAUAAAUCCAAUGCAUUUCAAGCAGUCUUGAUAGUAACCAUCCCCCCCACUGCAGAAAAUGACGAUGCUAGAUUUUAAUUCUGUACUGAAAAAGUACAGUUUGAUGCAAAAUAAGGUAUCCUUCCACUGCCUUGUACUGUCAGCGCAAAUAUUAAUAAUGUAUUUGGGAAUAUAUUUUUCAUAUAUGCAUGUUCUGAAUUUACUUUUGUUUUAGACUAUGAUAAAUCUUUUCUUUUUUACAACAUUUUAUUCUUUAUGUAUUCUUUUUAGUUUUGACAACAUUUGAAUUCUGGUACUUCAAAGCAUGAAGUGCCAGAGUUCAUCUUUUAGUUACUUUGCAUAUAUAUACAUGUAUUUUCUUUUGACUGUAAACUCCUGUCAAAUUCAUUUGCUGUUCAGUACAGUCUGCAACUUAAAUGUCCACUGAACGCUUAGAUUCUUUGCACGUUUUUGAAGGGACAGGAAGCAUAAUUAAUAUUCAAUAUUGUAGUUCAGAUAAUUCUCAUUGUUCUAAUCUGUGUUGUGUACUGACUGAAAGGUAUCCAUAACAAAUGUCCCAGCAUGGAAUAAUUGUACAAACUCAAAGGCAGGGCCAGUUAAUAAUUUGUGCAGUUUUGUUUUUUGUUAGCCAAAUUUCUUUUUGAGUGCACACUGUGUAGGGGCAUGUGUUAUGUGGUACUGCAGUAUUUAAGUAAAAUAAUGUUUUAUGUUCAUGAAUUUUUUGAAACAGUUUUCUUCCCUGUUUGAAAAGUUAUUGUUCUUGCCUUCAUUAUACUAAAUAAUGUUUGGACUUAGAUAAUUAGUUUAUUUUUCUGUAUUUAAUUUUUUCUUUUUGCUGCUUGACUGGCUAAUAUUUACAUGUAAUAGGAAAUAGGUAUUUUGAAAUUUUAUGUACACUGCAGAAUGUAAAAUUGACAGUGUUAGUGGUAUUUACUAUUAAUAAUUUGCAAUGCAUGUUAGUUCUAAGAUUGUUACACUGUGAGGAAGCCCUAGUGUGAAGGGGGAUAAAUAUAUAUGAAAAAACCAUUUUCACAUUUUAUUUGCUUUAAAUUUUUUCUCUGGAUGCAAAUGCUGAAGGCCUCAUUUAUUUUUAUUGGGGAGUUAGUCUAUGACACAUAGUCUCAAUAACUCAGGAUUCUUACACAUAAGUUUUGUUACUGAUCUACCUCUUAAUAAUUUCUGUGUGGUUCCGGAAUUGUGAAGUUUCCUCUAGCAAAGGAAGAGAGUGCAUUAAGUGCCAUAACACCUGUUCAAAGUAUUCAUACUAACAGAAGUACAAAAAAAAAAAAAAAAAAAAAAAAAAAUGGCCUACUUUUAACUCUCAUGAAUGCACUGUUUUUUCCCCAACAAGAAACUUUAACAAACCUGGACCCAUGGGAGUUAUUAUUUGGAAAUAUGUUUAAAAGAUAAUUUAAAUACCAUCAUAUCAGCUAACCCCAUAACCUAGAGGAACCUCGCAAUGAAUACUCACAAUUUAUACUUUUCCUGUAUUUAAUGGUCAGUGUUUCUUCUGUUUAAUUAACCAUAGAGGAGCUCAACAGUUAACACCUUGGGGAAUUCUGCCUUUUUUCCACCAUAGAAAUAACUGGCAGCAGCAGCAUUCAUUGUAGCAAACAAACCUUUCAUAUUUGUAAUCAGCUGCAACCCUGUAUAUGGCCUUCAAGCCACAUUGAACUCCUCAUAUGUUCUAUGUUUUCUAUGAGGAAUUAAAUUAUUCUAGUUAAA